GCUAAACACGAAUGUGUUAUCAGACGAUCAAUAUUUCAGUUUCACCAGCUGUAGUCGUUCGUGCCAUGUUACGUUUGUCAAACACUGUUUAUAUAAAUUUUUAUGUUACUUGAAAUUCAUUUUACUUCGUUCAAAUUAUAAAUCAGUUAGGUACAAUGUUUAAUAAAGCUGCAAUCAAAGUGAAAUUCCAAGAUCAGCAAUUGGAUGACUAUGUCCUUGAGAAUUCAGUUUUGAAGAGCAAGUUGCAAAGCAAAGUUGAUGCUCUCUGCAUAAUGAGUAAGGAAUUAGAUAAAUGUAGUAUGGAGCGUGAUAAAUACAAGGUUCUAGUUGAACAUCUGAAAUCCAAAAAAGUAGUUUCCUCCAAAAUUGCGGAAAAUAACAACGCUUACAGAUUUACUCCAACCAACACUAUAAGUAAUGGCGAUAUGUUUGCACAAACCAAAGACCACAAUAACAUGCUAAAAGUUGAGGUCGAAAUGUUGCGGAGUAAGUUGGAAGAGGCCGCUGGAGACAUCUUGGUACUCAGGAAACAAUUACAAAAUACAAGGCCAUGUAAAGGAUAUGACAAUAAAGAUAUAUGCAACGACACAACGUACACAGCCGUUGAUUACGAGCGUUUAGUUAACGAUUUGGAAAAAAUGAAGAAAAAGUACCAGCAGAUACAACUAGAUUACAGGGCUACGUUAGAUGAAAAAGAAGAAUUGGUGUCUGAUAGAGAUUACUAUAAGAACAAAGUGCAACGUUUGAACCACCAAAUCAGUUAUCUGCUGUCGAACAGAAGUAAUUUGCCGACGGGGGAGGGCGAAAGCGCCGCUCCCAGUCCGAUAGUCGAUAUCGAAGCUUUAAUAGCCGAAAACAAAUAUUUACACGAGAGAAUAACGCAACUGCAAAUAGAGAACGAACUUAUAAAACGUAAUUUAAGUAAAUAUAAGACUCUAUUGGAUAACAGGAGUAGAAACUAUUCUGUGCAUUUGAAAAAAGGUUUCGCUGACGUCAUGACACAAAAACAAGUUAAAGAAUUUUUAGAAAACAACCUAAAAUCGAACUCCAAGCACAACUCAGCAGCCGAGCUGAAGUCGGUUUGCCUCGGGCUAUUCGAAGCCUUGAACGACAAGUCGACGGCUCUACAGCAUCAAAGGAAAACCAACCAGAUAGCCGUCGGAGCCCCGUGGUUCGUCAGGAACGUCGACCUCCGUGACGACCUGGACUUAGAGUCCAUCAAAUACUAGCAAGCAGAUUGACAGAAUUGGAGAAGACUUUGGAGGCUUGGUGCAACGGUCAGAAGUGUAUUCCGAUAUUCCCGUCACAAAUGUUGCUAGACGAAUUUAUUCCGGAAACGAGUUCCACGAAGUCGGACGAUUCAAAAAGUCAAGAACACACUCCCGAGGACAACAAUCGAUUCUCAGACAGCGACGAGGAGUCACAGCACAACGGAGACGAACAGAAUAGUGAUGCGUUAUCGAACGAAUGUAAGGGCGCAACAAAAACUGUUUUGCCCAAAGAGCUAGAAGAUCUUGUUCGAGAGGCACUAGCAGAAUUAAAACCAUCUCAGUGAUAGCGGACACAUAAUAGGGCUACCACGGAAUUCUCAGUAUCGAUAGAAACAUAUCGAUAAAAAAAUCCCUAAUGAAUAAAAGAACAAUAAUAAUAUAUAUAAUAAAGUUAAAGAAUAAUUUUCAUUUGACAAAGUCGUUCCUGUGAUAUAUAAAUAUUUUUCUUCAAAUAUAUAAAAUUUUUUUCAAUGUUAAUGUUCUUACAGUUUUAAUUUAGCUGUAAUAUUAUUUUUGAAUAGACAAAGAAAUAAUACUAAUGUUUGCAAAAAAUAUUUUUAUUUCAAUGUUUUACAUUAAUGGUUACAUUGAAAUGGUUUAUGAUUACAAAAUAAAUAAUAAUUUAAAAUAAAAGAAAUAAA